ACCAUCUGACCUUCAAAUCGAGCUAAGUAUAAGUUUAGUAUAAAUCCGAUGAAAUAAAUAUAGAAAUAUUAAAUCAAGUAAAUAGUGUUAAAACUGCUGUGUCGACGAAAAUUUAUGAUGAUUUCAGCAAAAUGUCUUAUUGUAGUUUUUGUGUUUGUUUCUACAAGCGAAUCUUACAUUAGAGUUGAUGACAAUUCUGUACAUACUGUACCUGUUUCUUCAAAGCCUCAAUGGGAAAAAAACUUCGAGAAUGGGGGACAGUCGACUCUGCCAUUAGUUCGUUUCGAAAAUAAAGUCUAUUACUUGGGCAUUCACAUAACGGAGAAUUGGCUAGAUGCUCUGAAAUUUUGCGAAACCAUUCAGAUGAAGUUGGUAUCAAUUAAUUCAGCAAAAGAAAAUGAAAAAAUCGGAAAUUACGUAAGAGAACAAGGUAUCCAUAAUCGAUAUUGGAUGGGGGGAGCAAGGUUCAUAGAUGACGCUAAAUGGUUGUGGAUACCUUAUGGAAGAGAAAUGAACUACAGCAAUUGGGGCCCCGGUCAACCACUCAAAAAUGCUCAUAAGUGUCUGCUGGGGUCCAUAGUACGCGACCAGUUCACUUGGGUUGUAGGAAACUGCAAUGUUGCACUAAAUUUCAUUUGUGAAAGAUAUGUGGAUGAUGGGGGCUCUACACUGGGGUCAAUAUGAUUUUUGACAUUAUUUUGAACGCAACUAUUAAUAUUUUAAGAAAAAUGUGAUAUUUAACACAAAUAAUUUUCAAAUGAUGAACGGGGGUCGCCAAUACGAGUCCAUUAUAGUUACUAUUGGAUAUAAAUUGAGUCAAUCUUUGUAUUUAUAUUUGUCAAUCUUUAUAUUUAUUUGAUGUUACAAAUUGUGGGACAACCGGUUUCAAGACUUUCAUUAUUUGCCUCAUCAUCAGGUCCAGUACAUAUCUUCCAUACAAAAUACAAACUCAAAGAUUCCGAGUAUUGACUCAAUUUAUAUCCAAUAAAACAAGUAAUUUUGUUAAAUAAAGAUUUUUUAUACUUAAAAAUA